AGACUCAGACUCUCCUGGACGGCACCCUCAGGGGGAGAAGAGCAUUGUGACCUCAUCAGUGAGACACCUCCCGUCUCCCUCAUGGCCCUGCCCAUGCUGAACGAGCUCCCAGUUAAGGACCCAAGCUCCCCCAUGCUGCUGUACCAGCUUAGCAAGACCGCCCAGAUAGAGACCCUCAACUACCAGAGCCGCUUUAUGCAAGGUGUCUUUGCCCAGUUCCCUGAGGUCUUAUUUAUCCACCGGACCUAUAACCCAGCAGGCAAGGUGUUAUACACCUUCCUGGUGGACGGACCACAGGUGCGGCUGGGAGAUCCCCUUGCCCGGGCAGUCUACUUCGCCAUUCCUGCCAAGGAGGAUGCUGAAGGCCUGGCCCAGAUGUUCCAGGUGUUCAAGAAGUUUAACCCAGCGUGGGAGAGAGUCUGUACCAUCCUGGUGGAUCCCCACUUCCUCCCGCUGCCCACCCUGGCCAUGGAGUUCCCUGCGGCCGAGGUCCUGCUCUCAGCCUUCCACAUCUGUAAGUUCCUGCAGGGCAAGUUCUACCAGCUGUCCCUCGAGCGGCCAGUGGAGCGGCUGCUCCUGAGCUCCCUGCAGAGCACCAUGUGCUCGGCCACCGCCGGCAACCUGAGGCAGCUGCACGCGCUCCUGAGCAGCUGCGUGUCCCCGGCCCAGCUGCCCGGGCUCCACUCCCACUGGCUGCUCAACGACCGCAUCUGGCUGGCCCAGCGCUGGCGGAGCCGUGCCGAGAGCAGCCUCUACUUCCAGGGCCUGGAGGUCACCACCCACACCCUCAGCCAGUUCUUUGGCACCACCCCAUGCGUGGAGCAAGGCAUGGCCUCACUACUCCGAUACAUGCAGCAGAACUCGGGAGGCAGGGCCAGCCUCAGCCUGGGUCGGAGCCCCCAGGACAGUCUUGCCCCCUUGGACACCAUCCCCGAAAGCCCCCACGUGCAGCUGGUGGAAUCGCGCCUCCAGCACUCCCUCAGUGCCAUCUGUGCGGAGCCGGCUGCGCAGCUCUGCCUGGGCGAGUUGGCCGUUGUCCAGAAGUCUGUGCAGCUCAUUGGCUCGGGCUCAGAAAAGGUGAACAUGCAGAUCCUGGAGGACACCCACAGGGUGCAGCCCCAGCCCCCCGCCAGCUGUACCUGCUACUUCAGCCAGGCCUUCCGCCUGCCCUGCCGCCACAUCCUCGCCCUGCUCAGCGCCCGCCACCAGGUGCUGCAGCCCGACAUGCUGCCAGCCCAGUGGGAGGCAGGCCGCGCGGCCAGUCUCGAGGGCAUCCUGGGCAGCCAGUGGAGCGAGACCCUGGAGAAGCGCCUGGCGGUGGCUUUCCUCACCGAGGAGGUGGGGCGGCUCCUGCAGCACUGCGGCCAGGAGGAGUUUGAGCGGCGGUACGGCACCCUGCGCGAGCUCGCCGACAGCUGGAUCGGCCCUUACGAGCAGGUCCAGCUCUGA